AUAACCGGCCUGACGUUGCCAUGAAUCUCUCAGACUUCGGCUUAGGGGCUCUGAAUCUCUCCACGAGAAGUCGCCUGAUGAUGUUCAACAAGACCUACGCUGACGCCCAUGGUUACGUUAGCGUGUGUGUGUGCGUGUUUGGGAUUGUAACUAAUCUCUUCAACGUUUCCGUUCUGACACGUAAGCACAUGGGGACACCGGUAAACCAAAUUCUUACAUGGCUCGCCGUGUCGGAUCUUCUUACCAUGGUGUCGUACAUUCCGUUCGCUCUCCAUUUCUACUGUCAGUUCCCUAAUGGGGAUGAACAGCUUCAUGAACGCAACAGCCAUGCCUGGAUGUCUUUCUUGGUGUUCCAUAUCAACAUAACGUCAACCACCCAUACAAUAUCAAUAUGGAUGUGCGUGACAUUAGCCAUCAUUCGAUAUAUCCACAUAACAAACCCGACAAAGACGAAUGGUUUUCGGCUAAAGCGGAUUCAACAAACCCGGAUUGUGAUAAUAAUAGUUUACAUUUCAUCUGCAGUCGUUUUGAUUCCAAAUUACCUUAGCAACGAACUUCACGAGACACUACAGGGUAAUAAAACUAUAUAUUAUCUUGAAGAUCUCAAGCUAGGGCGGCCAGGCACGGAGUCCACAGUGCUAAUUAACGUCUGGAUGUAUGCAAUGAUCGCUAAGUUAGUACCGUGUCUGCUUAUGUCAAUAUUUGGUGGUUUGCUGGUGUACAACAUUCAUGUCAAAAUUCGCCACCGUCGGAAAGUUUUGCAGAUAUCAGGGAAAAGUAGUAUACGAUUGUCAGAGCAUUCACGCACGACGAAAAUGUUAAUAACUGUGAUAACGUUAUUUAUAGUAACAGAACUCCCACAAGGCGUUUUAAUUGUGUGCAGCGCGUGCAUAGACAAUUUUUUUGACAAUGUGUAUCAACCAUUAGGAGACGUCAUGGAUAUUAUGGCUCUGGUGAACAAUUCAAUUAAUUUCGUUCUCUAUUGCUCAAUGAGUACAAAGUUUCGCCAAACAUUUGUGAAUUUGUAUUUUUGUGCGGGGCGACGAGGAAGAACAACUUCGUAUAAUGGUGUUGCAUUGACCGACAAGAGAAUACGGCGUUUUGAUUCAAACAGUAACAAUAACAUGCUGCUACACUCAUGAGCUUAUGUACAGCACAAAAUCUUUAUUUAGUAAUACUUAAUUGAUAUGAUAUACAUUUAAUUCAGUACAGCUUAAGUAAAUAUAUUACGUCAAAUUCUGUAAUCGGGACUCGAUUGUCACAAGAAAUAUGCCAUUUUCGUACUUUACUUACCAAAUGUAUUUCUAGCUUCGUAAUAUAAUUCAACCCACACUCAUAUUUCGAGUUAUCACAACCGACAGCUCAAAGAUUAUUCAUGUGUUGUCACUUAACUAAAAGAAAAGGUGUUUUAAUGUUAUUCUACUUUAUUCCAAGUCACAAAAUGAAUCUUAGUUGGACUUUCGAAGCUCAAUUAGCGAAUAGCAGUAGGUAAUUACUAACUGUUAAAAAACGUGUCGCUUCGGUAUAUUGUUCGGUAUAUUGUUCGGUAUAUUGUUCGGUAUUUUGUUCCA